AUGGCGGAUCUCACGAUUCACGAGGACGUCCGUCUCCAGGUUGACCUCCGCGUCAAGCUCGGCGGGGCCCGUCAGCUCCGUGACAUUCCGAUCCCUUCGCCGCCCCGUGCUGAAGCCUCGAGCCGGACGGCCAGCAAGAUCCACCCUAGGACCCAGCCGGACUGGAACAAUCUCAAUGUGCUCCAUCGCAACACGCUGGCCCCGCGCAGCUAUUUCCACGUCUACGACUCAGAGGCCGCUGCUCGCUCCGCCAGUGUCGCUCACUCUCGCGCCCAGCUCCUCUCUGGCUCGUGGGGCUUCCACCUGGCCUCCAGCCCCUUCGCUGGGCCCAAGGAUUUCUGGAAGUCGGGUUACAACCACGCAGAAUGGCCGCUGAUCAAGGUCCCCGGAUCAUGGCAGAUGCAGGGCUUCGGCAAGGGACCGCAGUACACCAAUGUCAAUUAUCCCUUUCCCGUAGAUCCCCCCAACGUCCCCUUCGAUGACAACGAGUGCGGGCGUUAUGUCACCGUGUUUGAAGUCUUGCCGGGCGUCAAAGACGGCAAGCAAUUCAGACUGCGCUUCGAGGGUGUCGAUGCUGCUUUUACUGUGUGGCUCAACGGCAAGGAGGUCGGGUACUCUCAAGGGUCCAGGAACCCAAGCGAGUUCGACGUGACCGGGUUCCUCGAUGUAGAUGGCACAGAGAACACUUUGUGUGUGGAGGUCUAUCAGCGAUGCGACGGCAGCUAUAUCGAAGACCAGGACCAAUGGUGGUUGAGUGGCAUCUUUCGGGACGUCUGGCUGCACUCUUUUCCGGAAACACACUUUGAGGACUUCCAGAUCCAGACGUUGCUGGACGACGAAUUCCGUCACGCAAGACUUCAUGUCAAGACCACCGUCAGCCAAGCCGCCAAGGACGUCCACUUGAAGCUGUUCGAUGCCGAUGGCAAAGUAGUUGUAGAGACCCCUAAGAACCAGUCCGAUGCUCUUGUACGCUCCUCCGUUGACGGCAAGAUCUCGACCCAAGAGUUUCACAUCAAGGACCCGCACAAGUGGACGGCAGAGACUCCAUACCUCUACACAUUACUCCUUGAGGUGGAUGGGCUUUACACGAGUCACAAGGUCGGUUUCCGCCGCGCAGAGCUGAUCGAUGGCGUGUUCUGCGUCAACGGCAGCCCCAUCAAGAUUCGCGGCGUCAAUCGGCACGAGCACCAUCCCGAGUCCGGCAGGACAGUGCCGUAUGAGUUUCUCCGGCGAGAUCUGCGGACCAUGAAACUCUUCAGCAUCAACGCAAUCCGCACCUCACACUAUCCCAACGACCCGAGGCUGUACGACCUGGCGAACGAGUUUGGCUUCUGGGUGAUUGACGAGGCCGACCUCGAGUGCCAUGGGUUCGAGGAGGCCGGUGGCCUGCCGGCAAGCUACACCUCGGACAACCCGGAAUGGCGCGAGGCGUAUGUCGACCGUGCUCGGCAGCUCGUCGCGCGUGACAAGAACCACCCUUGUGUGAUCAUGUGGUCGCUCGGCAACGAGGCGUUCUACGGCAGGAACCACCAGGCCAUGUACGACGAGAUGAAGCGCAUGGACGCAACACGUCUCAUCCACUACGAGCAGGAUUAUGAUGCCAAGACGGCAGAUGUCUUCAGUCGUAUGUACACCUCGGUGGGUGACAUGAUCAAGUUUGGCGAGGAGAAGGACUGGAAGAAACCCUUUGUCAUGUGCGAGUUCGGACACGCCAUGGGUAACGGGCCUGGUGGCCUGAAGGAGUACAUUGAUGCUUUCUACAAGUACCCAAGGCUCAUGGGGGGUUUCAUCUGGGAGUGGGCAAACCAUGGCCUGCUCACGAAAUCCGAGGACGGCGAAUAUUAUUUCGGCUAUGGCGGAGACUUUGGCGACGAGCCAAAUGACGGUAACUUUGUUAUGGAUGGCCUGUGCAACUCUCUUCACAACCAAGGCCCUGGACUUAACGACUACAGCGCGCUCAUCCAGCCUGUACAGAUUGUAGGCAUGGAUGGCUUCUCAAUCGAGAUUGUCAACCGCUACGACUUCCGCACCCUCGACCAUCUCAAGUGCUACUGGAGCAUCAUCUCGGAUCGGAACCAGAUCAUUGGCCGCGAAAUUCCCAUCCCAAAGGGCGUCAAGCCGCACACUACCGCCAUGGUGCACCUGCGAAAUGGGUUCCCGGCGACCCUGGCUGCUGGUGCCUGGCUCGAGCUCGAGUUCGUCGACACCGAGGUGCCCGGCUGGUCGUACCCCAACCGCACAGUCGCGCGCUGCCAGGUGCAGAUGAGCUCGCCCACGUCUCUCGCCAUGCUCAGGGCACUCGACAUCACCAGUGCCACGCACGACACUGCCUCUUCACCAAGGAUCAGCACCUCUCCCGACGGGCUGGUGCACCGCGUCACGCUGGCCAACGACAAGACCUUUGGCUUCGACACGAGCAAAGGCACGCUCUCGUUCAUGUCGUACUCGUCCGGCCCGGACGCCGAGAACCUCAUCACCGAGCCCGUCACGCUCGACUUCUACCGCGCACUGACCGACAACGACCGGCCUGUCUUUGGCCAGGAGUGGCUCGACGCCCGCCUCCACCAGACGCGCCAGCACUUCACCAGCAUGACCACCACGCCCGUCACCACGUGCUCGAAGACAGGGCAGACCAGCUGCUCCGUGAGUAUCUCCGCGCGCGUCGCCCCGCCGGUCCUCGCGUGGGCGGUGGACACCGUCACGACAUACACCUUCACGCCGACGACGUGCAGCAUCCGUGUGCAGGCCAAGCCCCACGGGCCGUUCCUGCCCAGCACGUUUGCGCGCUUCGGCCUCUCCUUCGGCAUCAAGGACGUCAACAUUGUCGAGUGGUUCGGCCGCGGGCCCGAGCAGUCGUACGUCGACUUCAAGGCCGCGCAGUCGGUCAACACCUGGGGCUGGAGCGUCGACGGGCUCUGGCACGACUACGAGUUCCCCCAGGACAACGGCAACCGCAGCGACGUCGCGUGGGUCGAGCUCCGGCAGACCUGGGGUGGCGGGGAGAAGGGGCGGACGCUGCGGGCGAGGUUUGGCGACUUUGAGGGCGCGAGCUUCACGGUGAGCAGGUUCGCCACGCGGGACAUCGAUGAGGCGCGGCAUCCGUUCGAGCUGAACAAGAAGAGACGCGAAGGGGAUGUGCUGGUGCGGUUGGACUGGUUCCAUCACGGUCUCGGGACAGGAAGCUGUGGGCCUGCCACGCUACCGCAGUAUCAGUUGAGAACUGAUCGGGAGUUUGAUGUUGAAGUCCUGCUAGACUGA